AUGAGAAUUCACUAAGGAUGGAGACCUUUCAAGUGCGACAUUUGUGAUAUGAGAUUUAAUUCACGUGGAAAUAAAGCUGAUCAUUUACGCAGACACAUUAAUUAAAGGAACUAUGAAUGCAAGCUCUGCGGAUAAAAAUAUUAUAGGCGAUACUAGCUUGCAAAACACAUGGAAAAGAAGCACUCUCACCAUAAUACAAAUAUUCCAUUAAAAGAAAGUUAACAUGAGCGAGAAGAGUCUGAUAGCGAACUGAACGGAUGUGUGAAAUUUGACUUCACAGUAUAUUCAACGAAAGAUGAGGCCAAAAUUUAGAUGUUUGAAAAGGGUAGACAAUAUGGCCUCUAAAGUUUAACCUCAAUCGACUAAUAUAUACCUAUUCUUUCAGAAAAUGAACAUAAUUAGAUGCCUUACAAAGAUUGUUAGAGAUAAAUUUUAUAAUGGGAUAAUCAAAAUAGUGGAAUAUUAAGACUCCCUCGUUAAGAUCAUAACAUUCAAUAUUGA